AAUUUGGAAUCGACUCUGCCAAUAUUCUUUUGAACCCAAUUAUUAUGUAUACUUUCUUAACAAUAACCAAACAAAAGAAAAUAACAACUUAAAAUUAAUGUUCCAUAAAAUAUGUCCAAUUUCUUACACCGAACUAAAGUGUUAUUUAUUUAUUUAUAAAAAUAUAAAUAAAUAGAGUAUUAAGAUUAUUAAGGAUAAUAAAAAUGACAAAAAAAAAAGAAAAGCAUUUAUUGUGGGCUUUCGGCCCAUCAAAAGAAGGGUCCUUCACCUCCGCACACUAUUAAUUGUUCGCGUAGAGGGGAAUCAAAGAAAAAAAAAAAAAAAAAAAAACAAAGGGAAGAAGGGAGCUAACCUAAAUAUCAGAGGGGCUCAGCUUAAGGAAAAGGAGAGAGAUGAAGACAUGGAUAUGGGAAUUUGGGGGUGAAUGGGAGAAUGAGAAAAUGGCAAGUGUUUGUUCAUUGGAAUUUUGGCGGUGCAGGCCUACCUUCAUUGCUCUUAUUAUUAUAUUUAUACUCCUUUUUCAUCUUUCCAAGAAAUUUUCCUCCAAAUUCCUUCCAAUAUCAACAUCAUCUUCCUCUUCUUCAUCUCCCUCUUCAUCCCUUUCAGAUUCUCAAUCAAGAAUCCCGGAGAUUGUGUCUGAUUCAGAUUUGAAGUUUUUAAUUGAUAAUUUGGACGAGAAGCUUAAUGAGGAUGAGAGAUGGGAGAAUGUAAUCGAUAAGAAAAACAACUUUCUAUCAUACAACACAAAAUGCUGCAGGCCUAAGGAUAGAACACUGAAAUACCUGAGCACAACAGUGUUUGAGAGUUGCUCCCCGGAGCUUCUGAGGGACUUCUAUAUGGACAAUGGUUAUAGAAAGCGGUGGGAUAAGACCAUACUUGAUCACGUGCAGCUGCAGAUGGACACAACAAAAGGAAUAGAAAUUGGUCGCACAAUAAAAAAGUUUCCCCUUUUGACACCUAGAGAAUACAUACUGGCUUGGAGAUUGUGGGAGGGAAAAGAUAGAACAUUCUAUUGUGUUAUCAAGGAAUGUGAACAUCCAUCAGCACCACGACAGAAGAAGUAUGUUCGAGUGGUAUAUUUUAGAUCUGGUUGGCGAAUCAGGAAAGUACCUGGUAGAGAUGCCUCUGAGAUCAGAAUGUUUCACCAAGAAGAUGCUGGUCUGAAUGUGGAAAUGGCAAAACUGGCAUUUGCGAAGGGCAUAUGGAGUUAUGUAUGUAAGAUGGAUAAUGCACUACGCCAGUAUUCUGUAAUCAGCCAUCCUCUGACUAGCCCAACUGUUUAUGCAGCAACUCUGAUUCAUCAGGAUUCACCUGAAUUAGACACAGUAAGUGCCAUUACUUCACCAGCAGUCUCUGCAUCAGUGGUCAUUCGUGAACCAGUUAAUGGUGAAGCCAGGGAGAAAAAGUUAUCAAGAAGACCAUCAAAAAUGUUUAUAGCAAAAAGUUUGCUUCUACUUGGGGGUGUGAUCUGCCUUUCUCGUGGUCACUCUUUCCUGGGUGCUAAAGUUACAAUGGCAUACAUCUUAACGAAACUGAGAAAGAGUGGUGAUUCAUCAAGCUAAAGCAAGCAAAGUUUAGGCACUUGACCUUUGUUUCAUGUCUGCAACUAAUUUCGAUGGUUUUAAUAACGGCUGGUUGUGUGAUGUCAUGAUGUGAAGGAAAUUUUAUUCUGUAAUUAUCUGUUUUGGAAAUUGUAUUAAUAUAGUCAAUUAGAUGAUGCUGAUCAAUGCAGUUUGUGAACUUUAAGCUGCAACAUUCCAAUUACAGCUUAAUCACACAGGCGAUUUUGAUGUAGAACUUGUGUGUGGUAGGCUGAUACAUGUAUCGGGGUAAUGAUUAGGUCUAAUUCAGGAGAUUGUAACAUGGUUGCUUCCUCUUCGAUCUUUAGUUCUACACCAGCACAAAGAACUUGGAAUAGCAGACAUCAGGCCCCGGUUAUGCGAAGAUGAGACAGCUAAGCCUAGUUUUGUCAAAGAAGACAGACUGAUUUCCUUUUUGCAAUGCAGGUUACAAUGUGUUGUAUUUGAAUUGCGCGAUAAAUAACAAGUUUAAUAUAUGAAAAAGGAAUGGUUACAAGAAGAGCAUGCAUUAACAUAAACCUGCCGUUUUGCUCUGGGUUAUAU